AUGGCAGGAUACGGGGAGAAAGAUGUGUCCUGUGGUUCAGGGGGUUCAGCAGGUGGCGAUGAUGAACCACCAAAUGAUCAUGAGCCAUCCGGCAAUGGUGGAGAUGACAGCGAUGAUGGAGAUGAUGACCUUUACGGGUCAGACAGUGAUGAGGAUUGGUUAGAGGUGUUCGUGAGCAACGGCACUUCAACACUGGUCGCCGAAGUGAUGUUCAAGGCCAUCAUCUACUUCGUCGCCACCAAGUGGAAGAUUGGCAACACGAGACUUAUGAGGUUUGUGAAUGCGAAGGGCAACACAAUGCUUCCAUUGAUGACCAUUUCCCAGAAUGAGGUGAAGCAUCAUUCCACUCUGACCCUUCUUUUUGAUGGUUUGGGUGGAGCAUCGGCAAAGAAAAGGAAACCAAUGAUUAACGACCUCAAGGUGAAGACGGAUGACCACACGCUUGUGAAGGCAUGUUUUGCCUUGGAGACCUUCAACGAGAGACCUUGGCUUCAGUCCCUAAAAUUGGAGCAGGUGAAAGGUUAUGUGGAGGCGAUGGAGAAGAGGCAGAACUUCGUUGCUCAAGUCCAAGCGACCGUUGAACUUGUUAGGGAGUUUAAGGCUUUGAAGGAAUUCACAUCAAACAUUGAGUUUCGCAAAGAAGCAUCAGAGGAGUAUGUCCGUCAGUUGGUCUCACAGUCCCUUGAAGAAUAUGGAAAAGGUGAAUGGUUGGGUGUGGCACGAGCCAGAUUGAAGGACUUGGAAGACGGAAAGACGACUGAUGAACCCAUGAAGUAG